AUGGCGGGCAUGAGCAGCAAGCGGCUGCAGAAAGAAUUGAGCAAGAUCCAAGGCACCCUCCCACCCGGCAUAACACUCGUAUCCGCCCCAGACCUCCGAGAAUGGACCAUGGACAUCUCAAUAAUCGACAACCCCAUCUACCCGCCCCACGAGACCUACCGCAUGCGCUUCAGCUUCUCCCCUUCCUACCCCAUCGAAGCCCCCGAAGUCGUUUUCGUCGCCUGCACAUCUCCCGAACGCAAGAUCCCGCUACACCCUCACAUCUACAGCAACGGGAUCAUAUGUCUAGAUCUGCUGGACAGUCAGGGUUGGAGUCCGGUGCAUAAUGUGGAGAGCGUGUGUAUAAGUAUUCAGAGCAUGCUUGCGGGGAACAGCAAGGCGGAGCGGCCACCAGGAGAUGCGGAGUUUGUCCGAUCGAACCGGCAGCGGCCACGGGACAUCAACUUCCUUUAUCACGACCCGAAGCGGGCGUUUGCUGGCGGGAUUGUGUUUUGA